GUUAAUAUUUUCGGCGCAGGCUAAGGUGUGUAUGAUCUAUUUACAAAUUAAUCUUAAUUCCAUCGCUGGGUUUUUUCCUCGAGCAAAAUCCCCCACAUUGGACUUCUUCGAUUCUCAACGCGCCUAUUCUGCAUCCCUCCCCAUUCGGAGGUAAAGAUGGGUUUAAAGCAGACUAUAAAGAGUCUGGAUGCGUUUCCUCGAGCGGAAGAGCACUUGUUGCAGAAAACACAAACCGGGGCGCUAGUGUCUGUUAUUGGAUUGGUCAUAAUGGCGACACUUUUUCUGCACGAACUGAGAUAUUAUCUCUCCACCUAUACUGUUCAUCAGAUGUCUGUAGAUUUGAAACGUGGAGAAACUCUUCCCAUUCACAUAAAUAUGACCUUUCCUUCUUUACCUUGUGAUGUCUUAAGUGUAGAUGCAAUCGACAUGUCAGGCAAGCAUGAAGUGGACUUCGUCUUAACAGCAAUGGCUUUAUCAUUGGCACUGAAUAUUUGUCUGACCUUGUGGAGAAGGAACACGCUGAUCACAAGCAUGAUCAUGACAAGAACAAAGAUAAUCUUCAUGCACAUGGGUUCGACCAAGCUGCUGAAAAUUUGGUCAAAAAGGUUAAGCAAGCCUUAGCAGAAGGAGAAGGCUGUCGGGUUUAUGGAGUUCUAGAUGUUCAGAGGGUUGCUGGGAACUUUCACAUUUCAAUUCAUGGCUUAAACAUUUUUGUGGCUCAAAUGAUAUUUGAAGGACCAAAACAUGUAAAUGUCAGUCACAUGAUUCAUGAUUUGUCUUUUGGGCCAAAGUACCCUGGAAUUCACAACCCACUUGAUGGUACAGUUCGAGUUUUACAUGACACAAGUGGGACCUUUAAAUAUUAUAUAAAGAUUGUUCCAACUGAAUAUAGAUAUAUCUCGAAAGAUGUGUUACCGACCAAUCAAUUUUCGGUCACUGAAUAUUUCUCGCCUAUGACUGACUCUGAUAGGUCGUGGCCAGCUGUUUACUUCUUAUAUGAUCUAUCGCCAAUAACAGUGACCAUCAAAGAAGAAAGACGGAGUUUUCUCCACUUCAUAACUCGGCUUUGUGCUGUGUUAGGUGGUACCUUCGCUUUGACAGGAAUGCUAGAUCGUUGGAUGUAUCGGUUUCUUGAGGCUCUGACAAAGCCAAAAAGUAGAAGUGCAUUGCAUUAAAAACUUGUUGGGGGUUUCGAUCUCCAUAAAUACAUUUGUUCAUCAGCAGAAGAAAUCUUAUGCUGAAAUUCUAAAAAUAGAGCUGGAAGCAUCUGAGUGUGAAUGUGGAAGUUUAUAUAAGAUGGAGGCACACUGAUGAAAAGCUAACUCUGGGCUUUGGGUGGAAACGGUGCUCGAACAACAGUGCUUGUCUUUCUCCUAAAAUUUCCCCCCCGCUUUCUAAUUCCAAGUAAAUUAGGGGAGUUCCUCUUUUUUCUCUUCUUUUCUGUAGUUUUCAAAGAACGACAUGGGGAUGAGGGAUUAUUGUACUAUUAUUUUGAUUAUUGCUAGUGAUCCUCGUCUGUUAUUUUGCUUCAUUGGCAACUUACAACUAUAUGGUUUUAAUUAUGUUGAUGGUUCUAAAUACAGGUUCUUAAGUUAAGAGAUGGUUCUUGAUGGAUGUAUUUUGAACAUCAUUUUUUUUUUCCUUUUGUUCAAUGAAUUUUUGCUGCCUAGUUUUAUUCA